CUUUUAUAUGAAACAAAAUCGUGUUAUUUGAUAAUCAACACGUGUUAUUAAAACUUGUUUUAAUUUAAUUUAAAUGGAUCUAAUUCAACAAAAAAUAUUAUUAAAUUAAAUUUAAACAAAAUUAUUUUUUUUGUUACUUAAAACAUAGAGCACAUGUUUUGAUUUAAAACAAACAGCUGGCUAAACAAAUUUGACAUAAUGAGACGUGCGAGAAUAAAGGCUGUUGCAAACGUACCCGCACGCAGAAAAGUUGACGAAAAUAAAACACAAAAGUCGGAUGAAAUUGAGAAAAACGAGACGACAUCAAACGAUAAUACCGAGAAACAAGUUUCGAUCGAAACUAUUUCAUCCGAAGUGAGUCAACAAGAUGUUCCAGAAAAAUCUCGUAGUAGAAUUCGAGCUGUGGCUAAAAUACCAAUACGUCGUAAUAAAAAUACCGAAACAGAUAAACCUGUUACGGAUGACGUAACAGCAAAUGAAUCAAAUUUUGUAAAACCGGAUGAAAAUGAAAAUACGUCAGUUGUUCGUCCAUCACCCGUGACUUCACCAAUAGUGCAACAUAGACCGAGAAUACGUUCGAUACCACGUCUAGAUGGUCAUCAUCGUGGGAGUGAUCGUCGAAAUAGUACAAGUGCUAGUGAAUCAGAAGAUGAAUUUUCGCGACGGAAUAUUCGAAAUCGUUAUGAUUCGGUUAAUAGUAAUUCUUCAUCGAAUAUUGUUAGUGAUAGUACACCGUUGAAUACUUUAACAACAAUUAAUACACCAACAAUUAAUGGUUGCAACAAUAGUAACAGUCCUGUUGUGAAAGAAAUUUGCAGUAAAACUGAAGGGGAAGUUCAUAAAAAUGUUUUAUCGCCAAAUAAGAACAACGUUAGUAAUAAAGAAUCAAUGGGUGUAACACCUGGAGGAACCUUAUCCCAACAGUCUAACAUCCAACAAAUCCAACAACAACAACAACAACAACCGAUAAUAAAACGUAAAGUACGUCGAUCUGAUAUCGCUAAAAAGAUGGCCGAAGCAAAACGUGAUUUUUAUAAUAAGUUUGGUACAAAAACACCAGAUCGACAAAAGCUAACAAUGAUGGAUCUUAUCUUUUAUAAUCCAACAUCGAAUCCCAUGUUAAAGAAAACACCUGCAUCGAGCACUUCAAGUAGAAAGAAAAGUGAACAAAUUGAUUCGUCAUCAUCGGUUGCUUCCUUUAAUGAUAAUGAAUCAGUUCAUUCAAUGUCAACGCGAGCAGAAGAAGAGACCGUUGAUGAACCAGAAGAAGAAACUAUGCAACCUGUACCACAAGUUAAAAUUGGUGAAAAUGGAGAAAUUAUAUUAGAUGAACAAAGUGUGGUAAUUGAAACAACCGAUCAACAAAUACAACGUAUGAAUAAAUCACGUGAAUUAACUGAAACAGCGAUUAAUUACGAUGAAUUAAACACAACAUACGGUAUUUAUAAACGUGCUAAACGUACAAAAGAUUGGAGUGUACAUGAAACGAAACAAUUCUAUCGUGUUCUUCAAAUGAUUGGUACAGAUUUUUCAAUGAUGUUGUCAUAUUUUAAAAAUCGUACCAGACGUGAUUUAAAAUUAAAAUUUAAAAAAGAAGAGAAAAUUAAUCGUCAUUUAAUUGAUAAAGUAUUGUUGAAUCCGUGUACAUUUGAUUUAGAACAAUUACAACAAUCAUUAGAUCAAGAUCAACAAUUAUUAGAUGAGCAACAAUUAAAUCAAAAGCAAAUACAAGAAAUUAAACGACAGGAUCAAAUGCAACGGAAACGGAAGACUAAUGAGAAACGUGUUCGAUAUAAAACUGGUAGUUGGCUAGCACGUCAAAUGUAUGUCAAUAAAAGUGAUAUGAUGCAAGAUUUCGACGAAGAUGAUCCCCCUCCAACAGUGGUACCUUCCAUAGAGGUGUCAAAUGCCACACCGACAGUCGAGGCAGAUCCGCAACUAGAUAAACAUAACCCAAUUGAUAGUAAUCCAAGUAUAGAAGCUCCAAAUCAAAAUUUAAAAGACAAUAAUUCAAAAGCGGAAGAACCACCUCUAAAAAAAUGCAAAUAUUCAUAUGAAGAGGAACAGGAUGAAUUAGAAGAUGAUGAAACUAGUAAAUUAGUGACAGCAAUGUUUGGUAAAGAAACUACAACGCGAUGUGGGCGUAAGAUACGUUCUAAACUUACAAUGAAAAAUGAUAAUGUACCUGAAACUGAUAAUGAUGAAUUUAUAAUUCCACAUCAUCAGGAAGAAAUUAGUAAUUUUAAAAAUAAAAAAGAAAGAAUAAUUACUGAAAAACAAAUUAUUUCUAAUAAUAAUCAGAAAGAACGAAUACGUUCUGAUAAUCAGGAAGAAAGAAUACUUCCUGAUAAUGAGGGCGAAAGAAUACUUCCUGAUAAUCAAGAAGAACGAAUACUUCCUGAUAAUGAAGUAGAAAGUAUACCUCCUGAUAAUCAGAAAAAACGAAUGCGUUCUGGUAAUCAGGAAGAAAGGAUACUUCCUGAUAAUGAGGAAGAAAGAAUACCUUCAAAUAAUCAGAAAAUACUUUCUGAUGAUCAAGAGAAAAAAAAUUCGGAGGCAAAACGAAUAACACCUGAUGGAGAAAUAAAAGUUCCUGAUAGUCAACAAGAAAAAAGCAUAAACAAUCAAGAAAUUAAUUUUGAAGAAGUUUUAUAUCAAAAUAUUCAAGAUAAUCUUGAAGAAAAUAUACGAAAAUUAAUGGAAGGUAAUCAAAAUAAUGAAGAUGAUAACGAUGAUGACAAUGACUCAGAUAGUCAUCUAGUGAUUGAUUUAAAUAAUACAAAUAAUGAUGAAGACAAUACAAAAUUAAAUAAUAAUAAUAAUAAUAGUAGUGAAGCUAAAUUAAAUAAUUUAUUAGAAGAUUAUUUAGGUAGUAAUCAAACAAUUACAUUAGAAUUACCAGUUGUGACUGGUGAUAGUACGGAACAAUUUAAAGUAAUUAUUGAAUUAACUAGUGAUAGUGAUGAAAUAGUGACUGAGGACCAAUAAUAAUUAAUUAUUAUCCAGUCAAAUUAGUCCAUAAAAUAUAAGUAAGGUUACAAAAAUUUCCAUAGAGCUAAAAAUUGGUAUAAAUGUUCAGAAUACUAUUGAACUAUUUUUACUGUU